AUGAUGACGGGGAAGGUUCCCUCGUUCUCUCCCGGCUCCACAGUGAGCUCUGCUCUGCCUGGCUACAUCGCUUUCUGCCUCACUCUACAGGUUCACAGGCUGGUGUCAGCACAGUUCACAGUGACUGGACCUGACCGUCCAAUCUCCGCCUCCCUAGAAGGUGAGGCCAUCCUGCCCUGCCACCUCUCCCCCAGGAUGAGCGCUGAGAACAUGGAGGUGGGAUGGUUACGAUCCCAGGACUCUGCAGUCGUUCACCUGUACUGUGAUGGGCAGGAUCAGUACGGAGAGGAGAGGCUGGAAUAUCGGAGAAGAACUGCGCUCUUGAAAGACGACAUCACCAGUGGGAGAGUUCUCCUGAGAAUACGCGAUGUCCGACCCUCCGAUGAUGGGCAGUACACGUGUUUUUUUCAGUCCAGUGUCUCUUAUGAAGAAGCUUUUUUGGAACUGCAGGUGGCAGAUAUGGGCUCUGCUCCUGCCAUCUCAGUGGAGGGACAUCAGGACGGAGGGAUCCGGGUGGUGUGUCGAUCAUCCGGAUGGUACCCACAGCCCAAGGCUCAGUGGAGAGAUCUCCAGGGGAAGCUCUUUGCAUCGGCCUCUGAAGAAAUAACUCCAGAGGCCAAUGGUCUGUUUCAAACAGAGAUUGCCAUUGUUCUAACAGAAGAGUCCAACCAGAAAAUGUCCUGCUGUGUCAGGAACCCCCGACUCAACCAGGAGAGAGAGUCAGUGAUUUCCAUAGCAGAGCCAUUUUUCCCAAGGGUCAAUCCCUUGAAAGUGGCUCUCUGGGUGAUCCUGACUCUUCUGGCUGUUCUCAUGGCCCUGGCUGGUUACUGCUUCUGGAGGCGAGACAGAGCAACAGAGAUUCUGCGAUCUGAUAUGGAGAGCGAGAAAGAGACUUUGCUGUCUGAACGGGAAGGAGAGAAAGAGGCUCUGCGAUCUGAGAUGAAGAGGCAGAAAGGGGAAUACGAGGCAGUGAAAGAACUGGGACUCGCCAGAGCCCGAGGAUACGCAGUGGACGUGACUCUGGAUCCAGACACGGCAAAUCCCAACCUCGUCCUGUCUGAGGAUCGGAAACAUGUGAGACACGGAAACUGGGAUCCGCCCAACAAGUCUGAGGGAUUCGAUCAUUAUAUCUGUGUCCUGGGUGCUGAGGGGUUCACGGGCGGGAGGCGUUACUGGGAGGUGGGAGGCAAGACAGGCUGGUACCUGGGGGUUUGUAGGGAAUCUGUGAGCAGGAAGGGGAAGGUCACACUCACACCUGAGGCUGGAUACUGGGUCGUGUGGCUGAGGGGUGGGGUAUACCAGGUCCUCACCUCCCCCUCGACCUCCCUCCCAGUGAGCAUCAGGCCCAGCCGGGUGGGGAUUUUCCUGGACUAUGAGGUGGGCGAGGUCUCGUUUUACAAUGUGACUGACAGGUCCCAUCUCUUCAGUUUCACUGACACCUUCUCCGGGACGCUCCGCCCUUAUUUCAGUCCUGGUUACUAUGUUUAG